CCUAUUCUCCUCUCCCCUCUUCCCUUCCCCAGUCCUAAGCUCCCACUUUCCAUCUCACCCCUCUAGGCAUCUUGCCUUCAGACCGUCACCUGCCUAUUGGUGCACCCAUCCGCGACGGGUCUCUUGAAGACCCUUGGCCCCUACCUCCUUAGUCUGGUGCCCCGGGGCAGCGCUCCUGGUUCCCGGGUUCCUUUCCAUCACCCGCAACGCUGCCCCACACCCUCUCCCUCCGCGUCUUUCCUUCCCCUCCCCGCGAAGUUUCAGGGCUGUCAGUCCCGGAGUCUUUCAGGCAGCCCGCACCCAAGCGGCAGGCAGCGGGCGCCAUUGUGCACACUCGGCCGCCUGGGACCGGAGGCCCGGGCGCCUGGGUCCCCGAAGCGGGCCGCGGCACCUAGCCGCAGGAGCCCGCCAGGUAAGGACAACGGAGGUUCCUGGGCAGGCGUCUCCGCCCGCCAUCCAAAAGGAGCUUUGCCGACGCUACCGGCCCGCGGCAGGGUCUGGCCUGAUCACCUAGGAGAGCCAGCCACUCCUGGUGGCCAUGAGAGAGACCCUGGAGGCCCUGAACUCCUUGGGAUUCUCAGUGGGACAGCCCCAGAUGGCUCCCCAAAGUGAUCCCAGGGAUGGGUUCAGUAAUGGCCAGGGGAAGAUGUCAUCAAAGGAAGAGAACACACUGCACUCAUGCUCAGGGCAUGAGACCCCUUGCCAGAAAGAAGGUAUCCACACGGAACAAGCUGAAGCUCCUUGCAUGGGCAGCCAGGCCUGUACCCCACAGAAGGCCGAGCCUGUUGGCUCUGUCCCAGGGGAGGAGUGGAUGAUUCGGAAGGUGAAGGUAGAGGAUGAGGAUCAGGAGGCAGAGGAGGUGGAAUGGCCCCAGCAUCUCUCCUUCCUUCCCAGUCCUUUUCCUGCUCCUGACUUGGGUCACCUGGCUGUUGCAUACAAACUGGAGCCAGGGACUGCAGGGGCUCUAGGUGGGCUUGCACUGUCCGGAUGGGCCCCGAUCCCUGAAAAGCCUUAUGGCUGUGAGGAAUGUGAGCGGCGUUUCCGGGAUCAGCUAACUCUGCGACUGCACCAGAGGUUGCACCGGGGCGAGGGUCCCUGUGCUUGCCCGGAUUGUGGCCGCAGUUUCACGCAGCGCGCCCAUAUGCUUCUGCACCAACGCAGUCACCGCGGAGAGCGUCCCUUCCCGUGCUCCGAGUGUGAUAAGCGUUUCAGCAAGAAGGCCCACCUGACCCGCCACCUGCGCACGCAUACGGGCGAGCGGCCCUACCCAUGCGCCGAGUGCGGCAAACGCUUCAGCCAGAAGAUCCACCUAGGCUCGCACCAGAAAACCCACACCGGAGAGCGGCCCUUUCCCUGCACCGAAUGCGAGAAGCGUUUUCGCAAGAAGACACAUCUGAUCCGUCACCAACGCAUCCAUACUGGCGAGAGGCCCUACCAAUGCUCCCAGUGCACACGCAGCUUCACGCAUAAGCAACACCUGGUGCGGCACCAGAGGGUACACGAUGCUGCUAGCCGCACCCGGUCCUCUCCCGAUGCUCCUGCCUCUCCCCAUUCCCCCGCCCUGUCCCCUCCUGGGCCCAAGCCUUUCUCUUGUUCCCACUGCGGCCUGAGCUUUGGCUGGAAAAAGAACCUCGCCACCCACCAGAGUCUACAUCUCACCGAGGGUCGCCCUUUUGGGUGCGAUGAGUGUGCACUGGGCGCUGCCAUAGAUCCCGCCGCCACGGAGCCAUCAGCUUGCGCUCCCCACGCUCCUGACUGUGAUCCCGGAUCGGGGCCCGUGGCGCCCCAGCGCACCAUCUCGGUUGAGCGCUCCUUCUUGUGCCCCGACUGUGGCCGCGGCUUCGCUCACGGGCAGCACCUGGCCCGGCAUAGGCGCGUGCACACGGGCGAAAGGCCCUUCGCCUGCGGGCAGUGUGGCCGCCGCUUCGGCUCUCGGCCCAAUCUGGUCGCCCACUCCCGGGCCCAUAGCGGCGCUAGGCCUUUUGCCUGUGCGCAGUGUGGCCGCCGCUUCAGUCGUAAAUCUCACCUAGGCCGCCACCAGGCAGUGCACACAGGCAGCCGACCCUACGCUUGUGCCAUCUGCGCCCGCUGCUUCAGCUCCAAAACUAACCUGGUCCGCCACCAGGCAAUACAUACGGGCUCUCGCCCCUUCUCCUGCUCGCAGUGCGCCAAGAGCUUCAGCCGCAAGACCCACCUUGUGAGGCACCAACGCAUCCAUGGAGAAGCGACCCUCCCAAACUCAUCCUCUAACCUCUCAGCUCCAGCCUGGCCCAGUUCCUCUGAGGUUGUACCGCCCCCAAUCUUCUUCUAAGCGGAUUCUGACUCUUAUCCUUCCUUUCCUAACAUUUGGGAGACUCAUGCCUAGAUAGAGACUGUGGGCUUUCAACACUCAGACUUCGGUUGCUGCUGAAGUACCAGAACAUGUGUCAUCGUCCUUUCCAUAAAGUUAAGAACUCUGAAAAGCAUACUUAGCUCUUGACAGCCAUGAUAAAGAACAUGGAGAGAACCCUUACAUUGGAAAUUGGUCGUUUCUGGGGAUCAACUAGAUCAAGGCGAGACUGGGCAGGAAACCACUACCUAAAGGGAAUGAAUAGCUAUUUAUGUACUUGAAGUUCAUUAAAGUUCAAAUCUGGAA